AUGAUGAUCAUAACUACUCGUACAAUCGUCAACCGGUACCUUCUUUUUAUUUCUAUUCAUGUUUCUUUCUUGUUUGUUGCGUUCCAAAACUGUUCUGCAAAAGAUAACAGCACAAUUACAUCAACCCAAGUCAUUACCGACUCUCAAACUUUAAUUUCCUCUGGCCAAGUCUUCAAACUAGGCUUCUUUAAUCCUCCUAAUUCUACAAAUCAUUAUGUCGGAAUUUGGUACACCAAGUUUCCGGUACAGACCAUCGUAUGGGUCGCAAACAGGAACAACCCGAUAAAGGAUACGUCGGGAACCUUAGGAAUUGCAACUGAUGGGAAUCUUGUAAUCUCUAACGGACGGGGAGUUGUUCUUUGGACUACAAAUAUUUCUAAUGCCGCCAACGCCAACAAUACAGUUGUUGAAUUAUUAGAUACAGGGAAUUUAGUGCUUAGCUUGAUAAAUGAUCGUACAAGGGUUUUGUGGCAGAGUUUUGAUCUCCCAACUGACACUUUGCUUCCGCAAAUGAAAAUUGGUGCAAGCAGUCGACAAGAACUUACAUCCUGGAAAAACGAAUCUGAUCCUUCACAAGGAAUUUUCUCUGUGGGGCUCGAGCUUGCUGAUGGUAUUCCUCAGCUUGUUCUUUCGAGUAAUGGGUCUAAAUAUCGACACUGGCGUAGCGGUCCAUGGAAUAGUAUUGUGUUUAUUGGUAUACCGGGCAUGACUAAUGGUUAUAAUGAUGGAUUCUAUUUAACUAAAGAUGAUCAAGAUGGCAGUAUGUACAUGAGUUUCAAUUAUGCUGAUAAAACUACCAUACGCAGGUUUGUUAUCGAUCAUCGCGGAGUGUUACUAGGACUGAAUUGGUUUGAAGGAAGUAACGAAUGGACACAGUUGUGGUCUUCACAAGAGAAUGAGUGCGAGGUUUAUGGAAAAUGCGGCCCCUUUGGCCGCUGUAAUCCAUUGAAUUCACCAAUUUGUAGUUGUCUACCAGGGUUUAAGCCUAUGUCUGACAAUGAAUGGGACAAGGGAAAUUGGUCAGGUGGGUGUGUGAGGAAUACUCCAUUAAGGUGCCAAAACAACUUAAAUGAUGGGUUCUUGAAGCUUGGAAGUGUCAAAGUGCCUGAUUUCGCCUCCUCUUUCUGGUUGGGGUCUCCUACGAUCGAGGAUUGCAACAGGACAUGCUUAAGUAACUGUUCUUGCAUUGCGUAUUCGUAUGAUAGUGGCAUCGGGUGCAUGACAUGGGUUGUGAAGGAUUUAGUGGAUAUACAAGUUUUUGAUGAAACUGGGGCAGAUCUUUACAUUUAUUCUGCAGAAAAGAACAAUACAGAUCUUUCAGAAAAGAAGAAUCCAAAUCGUGUACUUUUGCACAGAAAUUUAAGUGCGGUCGUCGUCGUAAUUACAGUCCUUGUGGGUAUACUUGCCAUUAUCAUAUGCACAAACUUCUUUUGGAGGUGGUUGGCAAAACGGAAGAAUGACGGGAAAGUUGCUUCAGAUUUAAACAAUGUCCACGGAGAAACUCCAGGCAGCAACAUGCUUGGAGACAAUCCAGAUCAACUGAAAAUUUUCAAAUUUGAAGAGUUAGCAAUUGACACAAAUGAAUUUAGCAGGGCCAAUAUGCUUGGCCAAGGUGGAUUUGGUCAAGUAUACAAGGCAAAGUUACUGGAUGGACAAGAAAUAGCCGUGAAAAGGCUUUCUAAAGGUUCUAUACAGGGUUUAGAGGAGUUUAAGAAUGAAGUUCUUGUCAUCUCAAAAGUCCAGCACAGGAAUCUAGUUAGACUUUUAGGUUGUUGCCUUGAAGGGGAUGAAAAGAUGUUGGUUUAUGAGUAUAUGCCAAAUAAAAGCUUGGAUGCCUUCCUUUUCGAUGCCACAAAAGGUGCGCUCCUAGACUGGAAAAAGAGAUUUCAGAUUAUAGAGGGGAUAAGCCGGGGGAUUCUGUAUCUACAUAGAGAUUCUAGACUGAGAGUCAUUCAUAGAGACCUUAAAGUUAGUAACAUUCUGUUGGAUGAAGACCUGAACCCUCCUCUUUAA